CUGUCAUAUACAAGUUGGAUUUUUUUAAGUUGGUUCGCAAUAUAAUAGCUUCUUCGGUAAAAGAGAGCCAUCGUCGAAUAUUACUCUAUCUAUUAGUUUCUUCUCUCUGGAUUUUGUUGCCAACAUUUUUUAUUUUGUUUUAUCAAAUUAAUUCUACUUCUAAUUGGAAUGUAAACAUGACUACAUUGUUUCCAUAUAUCUACAUUUGCUUUCGAAAUUAAACAAAAGAACAUAAUACUGAACAUUGCCAAAUUAUAAUAUUAUCGUUAUAAUACCCCACUCGUGUAUUUGUUUUUGCUUCAUGACUUUCGAAUAAGAUCAACUAAAAUAAGAGGGUAAUAAUAAAAUUUAAUAUAAAUCUCAACUAAAAAAUACUAGGAUUGGAGAUAUAACUUACUAAUCGAUUAGAUGACUAUAAAAAAAAACAAAGACGUCGACGAACUCGAGCAAAAGUGACUAUUCAUUAAAUAUUAUAAAUAUUGAAAAAAUUGCAACGCAAUACAGAGAUUAAUUUGAAAGUUAUAUGGUCAAGUUAUGGAUCCAAAGAAAAUCACGGAACUUGCUAAUUUAUUACGAAACAAUGGUGAUAAAGUCCUUAAUUCGGAAUUUAAGUUAACACUUACAGGAUCUCUGCUUCGCGCCUUGAAUGACUCUUUCACUCUUAUUUCUGAUUCUUCAGAAAUUGUUGCAAAGCAAACGUUUCAGGUGGUGAAACCAAAUUAUUCUAAAUCGAAUGUCUUCCGUGACCUACAACUUAUACACGAUUUUGUGCAAAAAACUCUUUAUCUCUGCAUCAUCCAUUAUCCGGGUGAUGACUACUUUGAUGGCGUUAUUGACAUAUCGAAAUUUCAAUCCCUUAAACGAUUAGAAGUACAAAAGACAAAUGUUAAACAAAUUGUUGGCAUUCAACCAUUGCGGUCUCAACUACAUCAAUUGGUUUGUGUGCGCAGUCUGCAAUCAGUUGUGGAAAUAAUAACUCAUUGUGGCGGCGAUAAUUCGAACGGCUUCGUAUGGAAUGAACUUAAAACUGCCGACUUCAGCUACAAUAAUUUGAAAACUGUUGACAGUUCUUUAGAAUUCGCACAGUACCUACAGCAUUUAAAUCUGCGUCACAAUCAACUAGUGAGUGUUGAGGCAAUCAAAUGGUUGCCAAAUCUCAAAACUCUUGAUCUAAGCUACAAUCGAUUGAUCACUGUGCCUAAUUUUCAUGUGGAGACAUCAAAGCGACUGCAAUUCUUAAAUCUAAGCAAUAAUUUUAUAGAAGACCUUAUUGGUAUCUCAAAACUCGACUUAUUAACUGAUCUUGACCUCUCUGAUAAUUGUCUGUUGGAUCAUAAUUCACUGUUUCCUCUUUGUGCUUUGGUGAGUUUGAAGUACUUAAAUUUAUACGGCAAUCCACUCUAUUGUCAUCCGAAUCAUCGAUUAGCAACAGCUCAGUUCUUGCACAAAGAUACUUGCACAGUGAAAUUCAUUCUUGAUUACGAACCGCUGUCGAAGAACGAAAAGGCAUUGACUGGAACUCAGCAGCAUGCAAGUCAUUCCACCUACGUUGCAAAGUACAUGAUCAAAUCAAAUAGCCGUCCGACACCUUUAAAUAAGUCAUCUUCAAGUCAAACACCAGCCUCAAGUGUAGGGUCAUCAAAUAGUUUUCAACAGAGGACUAAUAUAGGUGAUGAAGAAAUUGGGUAUACCUCAUCAACUACCGAUAAAUCUAAGCGCGUUAAAAUACGUCAGGUUAUAAUUGAGUGUUCUGACCAAAAAAUAAGGGAAAAAGAUGCAGUUGUUGACUCUAAAACCACAGAAAGAAAUGUAAAAAGCAAUAAAGAUCACUUAGAAACUAAGAAACAGUUUAAAAUUCUAAGAAACAAGUAUGGUGCUGGGUGGCUACAAAACGAAAAUGCUCAUAUUGUGCAUACUAUGUUAGGAUUGAGUUCCUCAAAUGCUUCGAUAGCAAUUGAUUCUGAAUGUACGCAACAGGUUUUCUGUAAUUAUCUGGGUGAAAUAAAUGCUAAUAAUCUGACGGUUGCAGUAGAAGCUGAUCUAGGAAUUACGAAAACAACUGAUGAUAUCACACCAAUAGAAUAUAGUUUAGAGAACAAUGCGAAGACUAAGGAUGUAUCCGGUAAUAAAAAUGCCUUUGAGAGUGAAACGACCACUCAAGAAAACAAACAAAUCUUUCAUUCGAAUAGUAAAGACAAAGAAAAAGAAAGAAUAGAACCUUUGGAUAUUGCUCCUCAUUUGAAAAGUAUUUAUGCUGAUUCAGUAAAUGAAGAGGAAUUUUCUGACCCUGAAACAGAUGAAGAUGAUUAUAUUGUAAAUGCUUUGGGAACGAAUCACCCUGUAAUAUUAACUAUUUCAUCUAAUUAUAUUCGAGAAAAGCAUACUUUAAACCAUAAAACAAAAGUUAAAUGGAGUUUGAAAAUCUUAGAAAGUUGUGAUCGAAUGAAGUCGAAUAUGUUGCGCAUUAAUUUCGAUACGAUCAAAAUGGAUAAAAAAGAACGAGUUUAUACGGUUGAAGAGUGUACAUGCCAGGAACUUGAAAAAAAGUUAAGGGCGAUCUUAUCCAAACGUGACCUAUUUGAAAUGAACCAAAAAGUCUUUCGAUGCAUCAACUGUAGUUGUCAAUUUUCCGUAGAAAACACUCUAAACAAUCAUCAAAAGCAAGAUAUUUAUUGUCCCGAUUGCAAGAGUACAUUCGUAACUGAAAUUCACAGCUUGCCUGCGUCUCUCGAAAAAAUAUCAAAAGAUGCCUCAAAACUACCUGUUGCAAAAAUCAAAGAUGUGAUAGAAGAAGAAAAGCCGUUGACAUUUGAACCAUCACUUUACGAAGAUAAAAAUGAAUUGAUCAGCAAACCCGAAAACAGGAUGAAUGAAAGCAUUGGCUCUACAAACUCAUUGAACGAAUCGUCAUCCUGUUCGAAAAUUUCCCACUCGCAGGAUUCUUUCGACUCAAAUCAGAGUGUUGCUGGUAGUUCAGCUACGGAUCGUGAAAACUAUUUAAAGUCCAAUACUGAAAGCGAUGUAGAUAUUAUAAGUAAUCCCAGCCAAAGUAGUAUUGAAGUACUCGAUAACAUUCAUUCUAGCAGAAAAAAUUCAGAAGAUCGAAAAGUUAGCCAGUCCUCGAAUUUGAAAACUAUUAAUGACUAUUUAGUCAGUUCUGGCGACACUCAACAAAAUGUGGAAAACAAGGACUUGGAUAAUUUGAAACAAAAAACAUUUUCAGCUCAAGUUCACUUGACUGAAAGUAGUUCAUCUGGCUCGGUGACAGAUAGUGUAUGUACAACGUACGAUCAAGGGAAUGUUAUACCCGUUUCAGACGAAGAGAAAAAUGUUAUGAAAACUGAGUUCAUAACCGAAGAAACGAAAAAGAAAGGAGAGUCAAAAUUGUCUACAAUGUUUGGCGGCUUACUACAAUCAACAAACGUUUUAAUGUCGCGCAGCACAGUGCGGGCUAGCGAAUCUGAAUGUUUAGCUAUGCAACCUGAGAAAUAUAACUUUAACUACAUUGACUUCAGCGAUGUCGAUCAUCGGCUCAAAUUUUAUUUUUACCAAACAAAAUUCGAAGAACAAUCUGAACACUUUAAGUGGAUUGUUAAAGGAAAAAUAUAUAAUCAAAAUUCUCGAACAAUAACAAAUGGUAUUGUGGUAAUGUCAACUAUAAAAUGUUAUAUAAUGGAAGAAUUUGGACGAGAAAAUAAUAACAUAAGCAAAUGGCUACGGCCGGUUGUGAGUGUAACAGUAGACCGUCUAGAAUCGAUACAACUGCUGCCAUGGAAAGUGGGCCUCUGUUUUACAUUGCGUGAUUGGGGCGGAUUUCUUCUACUCUUGCAAGAUAUCUUGCGGACCGAUAGUCUUCUGUUUUAUUUUACAAGAAAUGUUCUUCCUGACCAAUGUGAGCUGAACUAUCAAAUACCAGAGAAAGUUUUACAUCGUCUAACAAAAAGUAUGGAGGGAGAGCAGAUUAAAAUGUUUUCCUUGUUGAAUUGUUGCGAAUUGAAAUCGAAUGAUAAAAUUCAAAGAUUGGAAAUAACAGGUCUCCUUACCACUGACACACGGCUCUUUAUUACUACAUCAAAUCUUUCAUGGCUUUCAACGACUUCAGAAUCUGGUAUUGAAAUUGAUGUUACCCAGUUAAUGAGUAACUUGGUUGAAGUGGAGCGCCCCGAAAGGAAUGUUUGUAUCUUACAUUUUCAUGAUGAAACCCAAGACAAGUCUGAAUUAUGGAAGUGCACAUUUGAAACAAAAGAAAAUGCUGAAAGUUGUCUCAACGCCAUAGGACAAUCGUGGGAAAAGUUGUUUGGUGUGCCUUUGUUGAGUAAUUAGUACAAACCAAUGAAAAUUUGUUAAUACAUAAAUAAUGAAAUACAAUAGGAUCUUGAAAACAAAGAUUCUCUACAUAAAAUUGACAUUAAGAACGUUGAUACUAUUUAUUUAAACAUGAUAUUAACCAGUGCAGCUUCCGUCACUAUUAGAUAUCACAUAUGUACAUGUAAAGGGUAAAAGUUAAUAUAUCCAAAGUUUUAAUUGAGAUAAUAAAUGCAAUUGAUUUCCGAUACUUUAA